CUUGGUGGUCAGAGAGCCAGCCUCUUCAAGGCAGCACACAUAGAGGGGAAGCUAUUUUGAUCCAUUAGACAAAUCUCCCAAUCAGCCUUUGACCAUGGACUCCAACAGCAAAACCAGCACUGACUUUGUCAACCCCAGAGAUAUCCCUGUGGCUGAGGAGCACUUUGAUAGUUGGAAAGAUGAUCUUGACUUUACAAAGGUUGACCAGUAUCUCUAUCACAUGCGUCUCUCAGAUGAAACUCUUCAAGAGGUCUCUAAGCGGUUCCGAAAGGAGAUGGAGAAAGGGCUUGGGGCUGACACUCACCCCACGGCCUCUGUGAAAAUGCUGCCCACUUUUGUGAGGUCCACUCCCGAUGGAACAGAAGAUGGAGACUUCCUUGCUCUGGACCUUGGAGGAACCAACUUCCGUGUACUUCGAGUGAAAGUUACAGACAACGGCCUCCAGAAAGUGGAAAUGGAGAACCAGAUCUAUGCCAUUCCAGAGGACAUCAUGCGUGGCAGUGGGACUCAGCUAUUUGACCACAUUGCUGACUGCCUGGCCAACUUCAUGGACAAACUACAGAUCAAGAAUAAGAAACUCCCUUUGGGAUUUACCUUCUCAUUUCCAUGCCAUCAGACCAAACUGGAUGAGAGUUUCUUGGUUUCAUGGACUAAAGGGUUCAAAUCCAGUGGUGUGGAAGGGAGAGAUGUGGUGUCCCUUAUCCGGAAAGCCAUCCAAAGGCGAGGGGACUUUGACAUUGAUAUUGUAGCUGUGGUGAAUGACACUGUGGGGACCAUGAUGACCUGUGGCUAUGAUGACCAAAACUGUGAGAUCGGCCUCAUUGUGGGAACUGGCACCAAUGCUUGCUAUAUGGAGGAGAUGAGAUACAUUGAUGCAGUGGAAGGAGACGAAGGGAGGAUGUGCAUCAACAUGGAAUGGGGCGCCUUUGGAGAUGAUGGAGUGCUCGAUGACAUCCGCACAGAGUUUGACAGAGAGAUUGAUAUGGGCUCACUCAAUCCUGGCAAGCAACUAUUUGAGAAGAUGAUCAGUGGCAUGUACAUGGGGGAACUUGUCAGGCUCAUCCUGGUGAAAAUGGCCAAGGAAGAAAUGCUUUUUGGUGGGAAGCUUAGUCCGGACCUCCUCACUACUGGCCGCUUUGAGACCAAAGAUGUAUCUGAUAUUGAAGGGGAAAAGGAUGGCAUUAAGAAAGCCCUCGACAUUCUGACCAGAUUGGGCCUGCAGCCGUCCCAGGAGGACUGUGUGGCCACACAUCGCAUCUGCCAGAUUGUAUCUACCCGCUCAGCCAACCUGUGUGCAGCUACUCUGGCUGCCGUCCUCCGACGCCUCAAGGAAAAUAAAGGUGAUGACCGGCUACGUUCCACUAUUGGAGUAGAUGGCUCUGUCUACAAGAAGCACCCACAUUUCGCCACCCGUCUCCACAAGGCUGUCAGACGUCUGGUGCCAGAUUGUGACGUCCGCUUUCUCCGCUCAGAAGAUGGCAGUGGCAAGGGGGCUGCCAUGGUGACAGCAGUAGCAUACCGUCUGGCUGACCAACACCGGGCUCGACAGAAGACCCUGGAAGCUCUGAAGCUGAGCUAUGAUCAGCUGUUGGAAGUGAAGAAGAGGAUGAAAAGAGAGAUGGAGCGCGGCCUGAGCAAAGAGACACAUGCUGCUGCUUCUGUCAAGAUGCUGCCAACUUAUGUGUGUGCAACACCCGAUGGUACAGAGAAAGGUGACUUCCUGGCCCUAGACCUUGGGGGGACAAACUUCCGAGUGCUACUUGUGCGUGUGAGAAAUGGGAUGAGACGAGGUGUAGAAAUGCAUAACAAGAUCUACGCCAUUCCUCAAGAAGUCAUGCAUGGCACUGGGGAUGAGCUCUUUGAUCACAUUGUCCAAUGCAUUGCUGACUUCCUGGAAUACAUGGGAAUGAAAGGAGUGUCUCUACCCUUGGGCUUCACCUUCUCCUUCCCUUGCCAGCAGAAUAGCCUGGAUGAGAGUAUUCUCUUGAAAUGGACAAAGGGCUUCAAAGCAACUGGCUGCGUGGGAGAGGAUGUAGUCGGCCUACUGAAGGACGCAAUUCAUCGGCGAGAGGAAUUUGAUCUGGAUGUCGUUGCUGUUGUGAAUGACACUGUGGGCACCAUGAUGACUUGUGGCUAUGAAGACCCUCACUGUGAAGUAGGACUCAUAGUUGGCACUGGUAGUAAUGCUUGUUACAUGGAAGAGAUGCGUAAUGUGGAGCUGGUGGAAGGAGAUGAUGGGAGGAUGUGUAUCAACAUGGAGUGGGGUGCUUUUGGGGAUGAGGGCUGCCUGGAUGAUAUCCGAACUGAGUUUGACUUGGCUGUAGAUGAGCUUUCACUCAACCCAGGAAAACAGAGAUUUGAGAAGAUGAUUAGUGGCAUGUACCUAGGGGAGAUUGUACGCAACAUUCUCAUCAACUUCACCAAACGUGGACUGCUGUUUCGUGGACGGAUCUCAGAACGGCUGAAGACAAGGGGGAUAUUUGAAACCAAAUUUUUAUCUCAGAUUGAGAGCGAUUGCUUAGCCUUGCUUCAAGUCCGAACCAUCCUGCGGCACUUGGGCCUGGAGAGCACCUGUGAUGACAGUAUCAUCGUCAAAGAGGUCUGCACCGUAGUGGCAAGACGAGCAGCCCAGCUGUGUGGUGCUGGCAUGGCAGCUGUAGUGGACAAAAUACGGGAGAACCGCCAGCUGGAUUCACUCAAAGUCACCAUAGGGGUCGAUGGCACUCUGUACAAGCUACAUCCCCACUUUGCAAAAGUCAUGCAUGAAACAGUGAAGGAGCUGGCUCCUAAAUGCGACGUUUCCUUCUUGGAGUCUGAGGAUGGCAGUGGGAAGGGAGCUGCUCUCAUCACUGCUGUGGCCUGCAGGAUCCGAGAUGCUGGACAGCGAUAGAGAAACCACCGAGCCCAGGGAAGAAGUAUCAGGGGCUUUCUUGACUGCCUCUUUCCUUUCCUUUUUUUUUUUUAAAGAAGAAAAACAUCCUCUGGUAAAUUGUAAGUGAACUUAUACCAUGCUGAAUCUCCAUA